UCUGUAUAGAGGCUCAACUUCACAGCAAGCAUGAGUUACAGGACUGUGGUGAUGUACAUGGAGAUCGGCUGCUUUGUUGUCUGUGUAUCAGGAUGGAUCCUGGUGUGUUCCACAAUGCCCACAGAGAUCUGGACAUGGUCUGAGGUAGACAGCAUAGUGUUGACCACCUCAAACUACUUCUCCAACCUGUGGAAGGAUUGUAUAUCUGAUUCAACUGGAGUAUCUGACUGCAAGGGGAUUCCAUCAAUGCUUGCUCUGAAUUGGGACAUUCACAUGUGCCGAGCUCUCAUCAUCAUCUCUAUUAUCCUGGGUUUCUUUGGAUCAGUUCUGGUUUUAGUGGGAAUGAAGUGCACUAAGGUUGGUGGAACAGAGAUUGUUAAUGCAAGAGUAACCUUUGCUGGCGGCAUGAACUACCUUAUCGGAGGGUUGUGUUCUACGAUUGCUUUCUCAUAUUAUGGAAAUAAAAUUAGAUCAGAAUUUCAAAACCCUAACUACAGAGCUCAAAAAUUUGAAAUAGGCGUUGGUGUUUUCAUCGGCUGGGGAGGCUCCACCUUACUUGUUGUUGGAGGCCUUAUUUACAGUAUCUUUGCAGGGACAGAAGGGUGCCAGUCAAGCUCAAAAAGAUACCCGGACUACCAGUUCCCUGAUGCCUACACGGUUGUUCCGACAAGAAAAAGCAUUGUUUCUUCAGCUCGCACAAUGACUAGUGCGAGCAGAAAAUCAGAGACAUCCAGUGGCAGCAGAGGCAGCAGCAUCUCUGGAAUCACCGCUACUACCAAGACGACAGCUACAAAUGCAUAUGUGUGA